AUGGCCAAUAUGCCUGUUGUGAUGUUCCUCGCUGAAUGGAGAGAAGAAGUGAAAAAACAUUUUGAAAAGAUCAAAAGUGAAGGAACUUGUAUACACCGAUUAGACGAAGAACUAAUUCGAAGGCGCAGAGAAGAACUCAGGCAUGCUUUGGAUAUUCGUGAACACUAUGAGAGAAAGCUUGAGCGGGCUAAUAAUUUAUACAUGGAACUGAGUGCCAUCAUGCUGCAGCUAGAAAUGCGGGAGAAGGAGCUCAUUAAGCGUGAGCAGGCAGUGGAAAAGAAGUAUCCUGGAACCUACAAACGACACCCUGUCCGUCCAAUAAUCCACCCCAACGCCAUGGAGAAACUCAUGAAAAGGAAAGGUGUGCCUCACAAGCCUGGGAUGCAGACUAAGCGGCCAGAUCUGUUGAGGUCUGAAGGUAUCCCCAGUAUGGAAGUGGCUCCCACUGCAUCCCCUCUGUCUGGAAGUCCCAAAAUGUCCACCUCAAGUAGCAAGGGCCGCUAUCGCAGCAAACCACGCCACCGCCGAGGGAAUAGCAGAGGCAGCCAUAGUGACUUUGCAGCAAUCUUGAAAAACCAGCCAGCCCAGGAAAAUGCACCCCAACCCACUUACCUACACCAAGCUCAGUCCCAAUACCCUUCUCUCCAUCACCAUAACUCUUUGCAGCAGCAAUACCAGCAACCCCCUCCUGCCAUGUCUCAGAGUCACCAUCCCAGACUCAAUGUGCACGGACAGGACAUUGCAACCUGCGCCAACAACCUGAGGUAUUUUGGCCCAGCAGCUGCCCUACGGAGCCCACUCAGCAACCACGCUCACAGGCAGAUGCCCGGCUCGAGCCCUGACCUCAUCUCCACAGCCAUGGCAGCAGAUUGCUGGAGAAAUUCUGAGCCUGAGAAGAGCGAGGCUGGCCCCUGGGGCUGUUGCCAGGCUGACCCUUCUGACCCCUGCCUCCAAUGCAGGCCAGAACAGUGUGAGUCCUUAGACAUACCCUCUACUGAGCCAGUGGGGAGGAGUUCCGACCUCUCCAAGUCACCAGCACACAAUCCCCUCUUGGAAAAUGCCCAGAUUUCUGGAACAGUGGAAGAAAAUGAAUUCAACGGCUGUAGGUCUGUGUCAUCCCUUGGCGCCCCUCAUCACGUCACCCCUCCAGUGCUACCUCGAAAAACAAGACCCCUUCAGAAGAGUGGAGAUGACUCUUCAGAAGAGGAAGAAGGAGAAGUAGAUAGUGAAGUUGAAUUUCCACGAAGACAGAGACCGCAUCGCUGUAUCAGCAGCUGCCAGUCGUAUUCAACAUUUAGUUCUGAGAAUUUUUCUGUGUCUGAUGGAGAGGAGGGAAAUACCAGUGACCACUCAAACAGUCCUGAUGAGUUAGCUGAUAAACUUGAAGACCGCCUGGCAGAGAAGCUAGAUGACCUGCUGUCCCAGACACCGGAGAUUCCCAUUGACAUAUCGUCACACUCAGAUGGGCUCUCUGACAAGGAGUGUGCUGUGCGCCGUGUGAAGACACAGAUGUCUCUGGGCAAGCUGUGUGCAGAAGAGCGUGGCUAUGAGAACCCUAUGCAGUUUGAAGAAUCAGACUGUGACUCUUCAGAUGGGGAGUGUUCAGAUGCCACAGUUAGGACCAAUAAACACUACAGCUCUGCUACUUGGUAACGAAGGAACAUGCAUCCUGAAGAUCUUGUGACUGUACUGGCAUUUCAAAUCUACCCCACCCCAGACUUGGUCCACUCUCUCCCUGCUUUUUGCUGGGAAGAGAACUGCGCCUCUUUACUACCCUCGACAUGAGCUGCAAUAACAGGAACAUGAGACUUCGCAAAUCUCUGGAAAAAAAAAUCCAAAUGAAAUUAAGUCUCACUGAACAUUUCAAUCAAGAAUGGCAGGGAUCUAUUUUAUUGAAUAUUCUAGCUACUGUAACAUUGAUAUUUAUUUUUGUUGACAUUUUAACACUUUGUACUGUAAAGAGUGAACUAUAUGUGAUACAGAGAAAGAUACGAUAAUUUCUUGCAAAAAAAAAGAGAGAAAAGAAAGAAAAAAGGAAAGAAAGAAGAAUUUAGGAGCAACAUCCUUGGGAACUUGUGGGGCCAGGAGGUGUUAUUGCCAUUUGAACAGGGGACCAGGCCUUUUGGCCACAGUAACUGAAGAAGAGCCAGAGCAAGACAUAUUGAGUAUUUUAGAACACAAGGAACAGCAAAAGAAAAGCAAUCCCAGGUAACUUGUGAACAGACCACAUUAAGUUCAACCAGCUUGUCCAGGUGGGUGAUGGGAAUGAUUUAGGAAAGUUUGGUGACCGGGUACUUGCAUCCAAGGUCCUUGAGGGCAUGUGCAUUCUCUAGAAGGGGAAAAAAGACUGUAUAUGUAGAAGCCGAUUUCAUUUCUAAAAUUUUAAGCAGCAUUUGGUAGUGAGACUUACUGAUAGUGUCAAAUCUUGUUUUUGGCAAAUAUGUCCCUUUUUAAUGCUGUCAUCGUCAAGGUACCAAUGUGUUACCUUGACCAAUGUGUUGAUCUUUCAGACUCAAGUGCCGUUUUCUUGUAGCUCACUUCCUUUCUACCUGCUGACCAAAUCCUACCCUUUCCAUUUUUUGGAAAAGAGGGGUGGGGGAUGGGCAGUGGUGCUGAGGAGAAAAGGAUAAGAGAAAAAAGAACAUCUAGAACAGUAUUAGAAAAGCAAAUGUAGAGUUUGAAAACGUACAUUUUCAGGAUGACCCAUGGAAGACGGAAUCACCCCUUCUCUGGAACCAGAUUGCUUGUCUGCUAGAGUCAUAUGGAUUCCAACAGGAGAACAGACCUUGAAGGCAGCUAGGAUGUGUGUGUGUGUGUCCAGUGUCCAGUCCCAAACCAUCCUCUUGCUUUUAUUCAUUAACUCAUUCUAUCUUGGAAGCUUUAGUGACUGGCUACCACUGUCAGAAUAAAGGCAAAACAAGCAACUUGCAAAAGGUAACUCCUCUGCCAGCAUAAUAGCAGUUUUGUUAAAUGUUACUUGUAAGAUAUUUUUCACUUCACUUGAAAGCUAUGCAGUUUUGAGUGACUGGACUUGGAAAUCUGUGGAAAGAACAAGUGAUGCUGAGCAGGGAUUGGGAAGAUUUUUUACAUUUUCAAAAGCAUGAGGUCCUUCUUGUCUCCAGGGUCAUGGGCUCUGAAAGCAUCCCAAGGUACUUCAUGGGGGUUUAGCUUUAAGAAAAACCAUAUCUGGAAUUUUAUAUACAAAUAGAUGUUGACCUAGUUCCCGUCUCUGUCUCCAAGAUAGGCUACUGUCAAACAGACUCACUAUACUCUUCAACAUGCAUCAUACUGGACUUUAGGAAAGACUUGCAUAUACCGCUAUCAAAUCAUUCCUUGUGCACAUGAAAGUGUUGCCCUGCCCUCUGGGUUUCAUGAUUGCAUCAGCCAAAAAGGAAAGGCAGGAGGGAAUUUAAAGCAAUUCCUUUUGCUUGUUUGAUCACUCCAUUUGUUUACACUUUAUGUUGAGACAGUGAUUUAAAAUGUAGUGUCUAUAAUUUCUUGUUCUUAGGUAGAAUGAAGAAAAGUGUUUAACUUAUACAGAGAGCAGUAUUGUUUUCAUUAAAUUAUUCCAUUUUGUAAAAAAUCUGUAGCUGGACUACAUGAAAGACCUUAAGUUAUGGCAUUAUUAUCAUUGUUAUUUUAUUUUAUAAUUUAUCGUUCUCAUUUUCUGUCAACCAGAAGAUGUGAUUUGCGAUGUAGCACAAUGAUUGUGUUUUUUGCUAACCAUGAAUUAUUAUGGGUUUUAUUAUUUUAAUGAAGGAAUGAAAAUGGAAUUGCCAUUUGAGAGCUCCUUGGUAUUCAUCUUAGCUGUAUUCCUUAACUUUCUGUGAGCAACAACAAUCAUCUGAGGAUGCAGUGUUCUGCCCUGAAGCGCAAUGAUACAUUGUGAUUUUGACUUGGUCAUGAAAGCUCCUGGGUGAGCCGAUGACUAAGUGGACAGACAAAUAGUUCAAAAGCUGUAAACUUUCUCAACUUUCUUAGGAAAUAAAAUCAUAGGAUUACA